UGCGCGCUGUACUCGCCAUUAAGACUCUGAGCACGCAACGCGCGCUUUCUAUCUGGAAACUUUCAAAAAGGAUUCGUUUUAAACUCAUCACCUUCAUGUCGGCACUGCUGAAUAUUUCCUCACCGAUGCUAUGGUUACCUUUAUUACGAUCUUACAGGUGAAUCUAGUGAUGUCCAUCUUGCUGUACGUGAUGUUUCUCGCGUACCUCUAUGGUAUCUCAGCCUCUACGAUGGACAAGCAGCGGCCCACCCAGGACCCCAUCAACACACUUAUCAUAAAGCUCCUUCAGGCCGACAUCAGCCGUAGCCGACAGAAGCAGGGUGAUGUGCUCCCUUCAUCCACCUUAAACCCACCCGCAGUAACCGACUACAAGGAAAACGUCAGUGACCGGCCCGUGACAGACAUCUCCACAGAGCUUCUGCGUCAGCACAAACGUUAUAACUCGCCUCGCGUGCUUCUCAGCGACCGACCUCCUCUGCAACCGCCACCGCUCUACCUCAUGGACGACUUCGUCAGCAGCCAGGACGGCAGUGGCACCAACAAGACGCGGCAAAAACGCAACACCGAGCACAAGAGUUACAGGGGCGAGUUUUCAGUGUGUGACAGCAUCAGCCUGUGGGUAACGGACAGGACCACAGCUGUGGACAUUAAGGGGCAGGUGGUCAAGAUUUUGGGGUCUGUCAAUGCAGGACGCACGAACAUCAAGCAGUACUUUUACGAGACGAGAUGUGACACCGGCAAGUCCCAGAAAGGCAGCUGUCGGGGCAUUGACGAGAAGCACUGGAACUCGCAGUGCAAAACCUCGCAGACUUUUGUGCGUGCUCUCACUCAGGAUGCAUCAUCGGUGGGAUGGCGCUGGAUACGUAUAGACACCUCGUGCGUCUGUGCACUUUCGCGCAAACACCGCAGGACGUGAAAAACACUACAGUGACUUUUUUAUGUUCCCUGGUGGGGCUGUAAAUAUAUAAAUUAUUACUUAAGUUAUAUGGAAUGCAUAUAGUUUAUACAUGUCUAUGUAUACGGUAUAAAUAUACGUGUUAUUUAUUUAAUUUUUUUGCAAGGAAAAAUCGAAAAAAAAAAAGUAAAAAUACUUGCGUUAACAUGCAAUGCCAUUAAGCUACAGGAGCAUUGCAUGCUAAAUUGUGCCUUGCUCACGUAUCAGAGUCAGAGGACAUGUCACUCCACUAGACCUAGACCUUGGGAACAGUUGCAAUGGAAAACAUAGAUCACUCAAUAUCAUAUUAACUUCAGUAUUGUUCAUGAAAACCAGUUUUUCUACUGAAACGGGCUGCCAGUAUAUCCUCUUUGUGUCUGGGAAAACAAAUCACAGUUGGGAUGUUGUUGUAUUUUGUACGGAACGUUUAAACAUACAGUAUAUGUGUAUCAAAACUGCAUGAAAUACCUAAGAAAUAUAUAUUUUUCUAAGCACUCCUGUUAGUGGUUUAAAAAUGCAGAGAGUCAGUCCUAGAAUAACCAAAAAGUGACUGUUUAGUGUUCCACAAUCUGGGCAGUAUUUUGAUUCUAGAUGGCCUCCUGAAAGAGUUUAACAUCAUUUUAGAAAUUGCCUUUAGCGCAUUCCAACAUAGCCGCAAUAAAGCAGGAACGACAGCAACCAAGUAUUAACUUUGAUGAAAUAAUGAAAAUUAUAGCUCAGUAGCCCUGAAGAAGCUUCUCAGCAAAUGGUGGAGCAAAGACUCCUCCCACUAUCCAUGCCAGUAGCCAUCUUUUCUGAAACCCUGCCCAGCCUACCAGAAACCACCAGAAAUAAGCUUACUGCACUUUUAGUCUCUUUUCGAUCAUCUGCCAUGAUCAGUAGCAACUUGACCACCUUAACGAGCAAAGCAGCACGCAUAAGAGCAGCAUGUAAACAAAAUGGGCCGUCGCUAAUGACACUGUAGUCUUACACAGAGGUAAAGCUGCCUUAAGACGAUGUGCAUACGUACAGAGCUGGGAUUUGAACACGUAAUCUCCCCCUUAAGAGGGUUUCCCUCUUGUCAGACUCAUCUUAGGAGAUAAGCAUUUCGCCGGUGCGCUACGGCUAAAAAAAGGCCUGCUGUAUUUUCCCGCUGUACGUUUAUAUAAAGAGACUUGCUCAGUUGCUAGACACUAAGGUCAAGAGAUUUCAGUAAGAUAUGUGAUAUGCAAUGACUGACACAAAAUGUGUUGGCCUCUACAAAAAAUUAACAUGUUUUGUACUCCUUCACAUUAAAUAUGAUACACCCAUGACAACACGUUUGUCAGCAAAGCAUAUAGGCAGCCUUUGCGUUCAUUUGUAGAGCAUUUUAAAAGGCAAGGCAGUUGCGGCUGGGCGGUUGUUCAGGCUUAUCUUUUGUUAUGCAUAACCCAGGUCACCUCUGAUUGAACAAGUCAUCCAAGUGUCCACAAGAAUGAAAAAUAUACCACCUACGUAUCAUAUUUACCUUUGUAGCAGCAUAUAAAACUUGCAGGAUAAGCCAGGAUGGGGUCCAAACCCAUUACUACAUCGAAUGAAGUGCCAAUACUUCGUCCUCCAAGGUCCGAACAUAAAGCUUUAUUAGCAUGAAAUCGUAUUAUAAUGAGGCUAUAAAAAGAACAGUAUAAAAAAUUGUUUUAUUGCUUUUUAAUGCUUCACGGUUUGUUGGAUAAAGGCACUUUUAAACAUUUUUUUUGUGGUGGACGACUCUGUUCAUGACCUGAUAUACUUGUAUUGGAUUAGAGGUUGUGAAACAGAGAAACGGCUCAGAUUCGAAACAGAACUGCAGACCACCAAGGAUACAACACACCUUUUUCAAUCUCUGAUUACGUCCCACUUCGAUAUGGCCCUCUGUGGAAAAACAGGAUAAAAGCUGAACACAGGAACUCCAUUUUCCAAGGAUGCUGUUGGGAAAUGGCCCACACAGUUGUCCAAAUGCAUUGCCUUUCCUGUAACACACAUUAUUACACUGGAACAUGAGGAUCCCUAAAUGAUUAUGACUUCUUGGAUGACAUUCACUGAAACAUUCCCGUGUAUUUUAUGCUGUCUGGAAAAGCCCUGCUGGUGUAAUGCAUACUGUGUAGGAUUCUUGCUGCUUUAAACCACUACAACUGACCUUAUAAUGGACCAAUGGCCAUUGCUGAAACCCAAGGACAAGGAAACUUUUAUGAUGAAACAAAACUGUGCCAAAACACACCACACUCUAUGUAAGGACUACAUGCUUUUUAAUAAUAUUCAGACAAGAAAGUUAUCUCUGGUAUGACAAAAAAUUAAAAAAAUUGCAAGGCAAAUCCCUAUUUUAGUAAAGAAGAAAGACUUGUUUGCUUGAUGGUCAUUGUUUAGUGAAGUAGUUUGUUUUGGCUGUACCCAUAACCCAUUGUUUGUAUUUUUUUUUAAUUUUCUUUUUUUUUUUUUGAAAGAGAGACAU